AUGGAGAACGGCGGCCGCGUGGCUGCGAUCGCCAUGCCUCUCCUCGCCACCGCGCUCCUCGCCGCAGCCUUCGUGCUGCUGCCUCCCUCCUUCUUGGGCGGCGGCGCCGAGUCAGCCAGCAUCGUCCGGGAGCGCCGCCGGGAGCACUUCCUGCGGCACGUUCCGCAUGAGCCCCAGAAGGCGCCGGCGAGCGCGCAACUCGCCGAGAAGGUGAGCGUCGGCCCGGUCGAGGAAUCCCUGGCCCGGUCUCGGGCGGCCAUCCGCCGCGCGGCUCGCGAGGCCCCGGUGACGGCGGCGGUGGAGAGCGCUCGGCGGAGCUUCAAGGACGUCGGCGACGCCUUCGUGCCGCGAGGCGCCAUCUACCGAAACCCCAGAGCUUUCCACAGGAGCUACCUGGAGAUGGAGAGGAAGUUCAAGAUAUGGACGUACAGGGAAGGAGAGCCGCCGCUGACGCACCUCGGCCCGUCCGCCGACAUCUACUCCAUCGAGGGCCAAUUCUUGGAGGAGAUCGAAGACCCCCGGAACCCCUUCGCCGCCCGCCACCCCGGCGAGGCCUACGCCUUCCUGCUCCCCGUCAGCGUCUGCAAUCUCGUGCAGUACAUCUACCCAUUCUACCGGCGCAACACCACGGCCUACAUGGCGCACAUGCGCCGCGCGCUCGCCGACUACGUCGACGUCGUCGCCGACAGGUACCCCUACUGGAACAGGUCGCGCGGCGCCGACCACGUCAUCGUCUCGUGCCACGACUGGGCGCCGCUGGUCUCCGAAGCGAACCGGGAGCUCUACACCAACGCGAUCCGGGUGCUGUGCAACGCCAACACCUCCGAGGGCUUCCGCCCGCGCAAGGACGCCACGCUGCCGGAGGUGAACCUCGGCGACGGCCUCCUCCGCCGCCCCACGUCCGGCCUCCCGCCCGAGAACCGCACCACGCUCGCCUUCUUCGCGGGGGGCAUGCACGGGCACAUCCGCAGGGCCCUGCUGGGGUACUGGCUCGGCAGGAAGGACCCGGACAUGGACAUCCACGAGUACCUUUCCAAGGGGCAGGACUACCACGCGCUCAUGGCCAGGGCCCGGUUCUGCCUCUGCCCCAGCGGCUUUGAGGUGGCCAGCCCCAGGGUGGUGGAGUCCGUGUUCAGCGGCUGCGUGCCCGUCAUCAUCUCGGAUGGGUACCCGCCGCCGUUCAGCGACGUGCUGGACUGGAGCAAGAUGUCGGUGACCGUGCCGCCGGCUAGGAUACCGGAGCUGAAAGACAUCUUGAAGGGGGUGUCCGAGCGGAGGUACCGGGUGCUGCGCGCCAGGGUGCUGCAGGCGCAGCGGCACUUCGUGGUGCACCGGCCGGCGCAGCGUGAUGCUGUGGAUCCUCCAAAGAAAAGAGGGCGUCCAAAAGGUGUGCGAUCCAGCAAUGGGACACCUAGUAACUCAGCUACUCCGAGCACAAAGGGGAAAACUGCUGGCAAGGAUGCCAAAGAAACACCUAAAACUGGCACCAACCUUAAGAAGGAACUUGAGAAGAGCUCCAAGGACAAAGCUAGUGUAUCAACUGAGACAAAGGAUGAAUUGCCUAAAGAUGAUAAGAGUACGAGCAAACCUAAGGAGGCUAUUAGCAAAGGCAAGGGUUCAAAAGAUGAAGGCAAGUCCACUGAAGGAAAAGCUAGGCCUGGUCGGAAACCAAAAAAUGCUGGUACUCCGGCGAAGAGUGAUGCUGACAAGGAGAAGCGGAAGGAGAAAGAAGUCAAGGCUGCUGAAAUAGAGCAGGAGGCAUCAGGAAAUGCUUCUACAGGAAAGAAGCGCAGAAGGAAGGCUUGA